AUUUUCGAAGACUGCGGGAUUUCUGGAUUGACAUCGCCAUCUUCUACCGAAUUUGUUGAGCUGGAAUUCUACUUUGAUGAAAUAUCAAAACGUGUAAAUUCUUUCAAAUUCAUAUUUUGAUGACAAGAAGAUGUCAGGGGAUAUAAGAUCGGAGCUGUUUACGGGCUGGGGUUAUGUGCCUGAAAAAGUGAAGAAAGCCCAGCGGAAAAUCCAAGUUUAUCCGUUCGACACCGACGCGUGGAAUAUUCUUUUACGAGAAGCCCAGAACCAACCAGUAGAGAAAGCCAGGACCCUGUAUGAGCUCGUGGUUACGACGUUUGCCAACUCCGGACGCUACUGGAAGAACUAUGUGGAACAAGAGAUGAGAGGAAAAAACUACGAAAGAGUUGAAAAGCUGUUUCAACGAUGCUUGAUGAAAGUUCUGAACAUUGAUCUGUGGAAGUGCUACCUGGCCUACGUCAAGGAGACUAAGGGGAGUCUAUCAUCGUACAGAGAGAAGAUGGCACAGGCCUACGACUUUGCCUUGGAUAAGAUGGGAAUGGAUAUCUUUUCUUUUCCAAUCUGGAAUGACUAUAUCAACUUUUUGAAGGGAGUUGAAGCUGUAGGUUCCUAUGCAGAGAACCAGAGGAUUACUGCUGUACGACGUGUAUUCCAACGAGGUAUAGUCAACCCCAUGUCAAAUAUUGAGGCUCUGUGGAAAGACUACAACAAUUAUGAAAACGGCAUCAAUGUGAUGAUAGCAAAAAAGAUGAUUGAAGAUAGAAGCCGAGAUUACAUGAAUGCCAGGAGAGUUGCCAAGGAGUAUGAAGCUAUCACAAAGGGUCUCAAUCGGAACAACCCAUCCGUUCCUCCAACCGGCACAGCUGAAGAGGCAAGGCAAAUAGAACUCUGGAAGAAAUAUGUAAACUGGGAGAAACAGAAUCCACUCAGGACAGAGGAUCAGAUGCUCAUUACAAAGAGAGUAAUGUUUGCCUUUGAGCAAUGUCUCCUGUGUCUUGGUCAUCAUCCUGAUGUUUGGUAUGAGUUUGCUCUCUACUUGGAAAGCGCUAGUAGGAUAUUCACAGAGAAAGGGGAUAUGAACAGUGGGAAGGUGUACAGUGAUGAAGCAGCUGCAGUCUAUGAAAGAGCCAUCUCAACAUUUAUGAAGAAAAACUACCUGAUAUACUUUGCUUACGCUGACUUUGAAGAGGGUAGGAUGAAGUAUGAGAAGGUUCAUAAUAUCUACUCAAGGAUGUUAGCUCAGGAAGAUGUGGACCCAACUCUGGUAUAUGUGCAGUAUAUGAAGUUUGCCAGAAGAGCGGAGGGCAUCAAGGCAGCUAGGACAGUGUUCAAGAAAGCUAGAGAGGAUCCAAGGAGCAAGUAUCAUGUCUUUGUGGCUGCCGCUCUCAUGGAAUACUACUGUAGCAAGGAUUCACAAGUAGCUUUUAAGAUCUUUGAGUUGGGUCUAAAGAAGUAUGGCAAUGUUCCUGAGUACAUUCUAGCCUAUGUAGACUACCUUUCACAUCUCAAUGAGGAUAAUAAUACAAGGGUUCUGUUUGAGAGAGUUCUCACAUCAGGAAGCCUUCCACAAGAACAGUCUGGUGAGAUCUGGUUACGAUUUGAAGAUUUUGAGUCGACAUCAGGAGAUCUAGCGAGUAUUAUCAAGGUGGAGAAGAGGAGGCAGACCAUCUUCAAGACGGAUUACAAAGAUCGCGAGACGAGCCUCUUGGUUGACAGAUAUAGAUACCUUGAUCUUUUCCCAUGCAACCCAGCUGAACUCAAAGCACUGGGAUACAAGGAUCUCAAGCAAUCAAACAAGGUCUUUGCGAUCUCCGUCAAUCCAGUCAGCUCAGAACAGAGUCAAGGGACCGAGGAGGGAGGUGAAGCGGCAAGAGAGAGCAAACAAGAAGAGAUCUUCAGACCAAGUCUGGAUCAGAUGCUUCCGUUCAGACCUCGUGUUGCACCAUUACCUGGUGCCCACCCUGUUCCUGGAGGGGAUUUCCCUCUGCCGUUAGCUGCUUCUAUGGUCAUGACCAAACUCCCCCCACCUCAAAGCUUUCAGGGACCCUUCGUCAAGGUCGAUGACCUCAUUAGGUUAAUAGCUGAAUGCAGGUUACCAGAACCCUCUCAUGAGCCUGUACCACUCCCCAACGGCAUGGAGCAGGAGGAUAGCCAGGGAGACGGCGAACUGAAACGCAAACGAGGCGUGGUCGCGGGCAAGCCGGUCGAGGAGGACUCCGAUGACGAGGAGUCUUCCCAGCAUGCACCUCGACAUGAUAUCUACCGAAGCAGGCAGCAGAAGAGAGUCAAGUGAAGGGUGUUCGUUCAAUUUCAUUUUCAUGCGGCCAAAUUCAGAAGAUGGAAGGACCAUAUCUG